AUCUCACCAUCAUAAAUGUUUUUGACUGAUUUAAGCACACACCUCAUCUCAAUUCACUCUGCUUUAUUUGAUCGUCUUUUUCCGCCCUGUAAAGCAAUGCCAUCCCACUAAUCCCAAAAAGAACAAACCUUUAAUCUAGAUAAUGGAAAAAUAACCAAGAGGGGAGAGGAGUUUUCAAAUUGUGCACUGUUUAGCUCUGCAGCUAUUUUUUUUUCACAGAUCUGUGGCCUUUUAACAAACCCUUUGCAUUCAUUCUACUGAAAGAGAAUUGGGGUUUUACUUUCUUGAAAGGAGAGGAUAAAUAGGAUUUCAAGAUUCUCCUCUCUUAUAGCAACUGCUUCAAAGAUUUGAUUUUUUUCAUUAAUCAAGAAAAACGAUUUGCUCUCCGCCCUUUUUUUAGCUUGCACAUUUCUUGAGAAAAUUAACCUGAAAAAGGUGUGGGGUUUCCUUAAUUCCCAUGAAAACUGAGCCCCAGUAAAAAAAAUUGAAACUUGGUUUAGUUUUGUAGGACAGUUGAGAUUGUGUUGUUGCAAAGAUGAUUCCUUUGUUCUUUCUGGUUGUGUGCGCGGAGGGUUUGGUUGCAUUCCUUUUAAUGGUGAAGAUUGGUCCGUUGAGGGAGCUUGUGAUAAAGGGUUUGGAUCAAGUGAAGAUGAGGAGGGCUACAGUUCUAACCAUUGCUGGAACUAUCUUUGCCAUUUUGCUGUCUGAUUUGUAUAGCAUUCUCAAGAUUCAGAACAAGGGCACCAAACAUGGCACUAUGACGCCAAUGGAUCAAGUUAUUUGGAGGACAAACUUGCUUGAGGCAACUCUCAUGGGCUUUUCUCUGUUCCUCGGAUUCUUGAUCGAUCGAAUGCAUCAUUACAUACAAAAACUAAUCAAAGUAAGGAGCAACACCGGUGCUUCAAAGCAAGAAGUCGAGAAUCUUGAGAAAGAGAAGCUUCAGCUGAAGGCGAAGGAAGAAAAAGCUUCUGCUGAAGUCAAGAAGCUGAAAAAGGAGGUUUCGAGUUUGACUGAGGAUUUGAAUAAGCUCAAGCUGGAGUCGGCUGAAAAGGACAAGAAAGUCGAAACAGCAGAAGGUCACGUUGCUGCACUCCAGAAACAAGCAGCGGAUCUACUGCUGGAAUACGACAGACUUUUGGAAGACAACCAAAAUCUCCAGAACCAGGCUCUCGGCUACAGAAGAUGAGGCGAUUGCUGGUGAGAUUCGAAUGUUGAAAUUUGAUUCAGCAACGAAAUGAUCGUUGAUUCGCGGUGGCAUGGGAUGAUCGGAGGAGAGGACGUUAGCAGGGCACCAAAUGUGUUCACCUAUUAUUCUGUCAGUUUCAGAGAUUUCAGCUGUGAAUGCUGUUGUUAGACUUUUGAUUUUGAUCUAAGUUAUAAUCCAGUUUAUUUGA